AUGGCGCCGCCAAACGACAAACUGACUGAAUCGCCCCAGCAGCAUCGCGUCGGCGAACACUGGAGCGGCACGAAUCCGGUGCCGACUGUGCAGAAAUUCAUCGAGCAUCUCGACCAGGAGAAGAAGGAGCGGGAUCGUCGAAUUGACGAGGAGAGUAAACAGAAAAAGGAAAGAGAUCAGAAGCUCAAGGAGCAUGAUGAGGAAGGCACCCAGGGCGAUGUCUCUGCGCAUAAGGCUCGGGAGGUAUCCCAGGCCAAGGUCCGUAUGGUGACCGAUCCAACUACCGGUCGAGAGAUUGGGGUGGAAGAUCAGGAUGAGACGUCGAUGGAUGCUGUCAAAGACCCUAAGUUGACGGUGCCUAAUGCAAAUCUCGGACGACCGACCGAGGUCCAAACAAGUCAUGACCAGGAAUUCUCCGAAUACAAAGAGAACCAAGAUAUCACCGCGCCUCCCGACCCAAUUGCAGAGGGCACGACGUCCGAUGUGCCCAUCCGCGGCGAAAAGACGAAUGUGCUCUUCCACCCCACGCCUACAGUCUCAUACCAGCCCAUGUUUGAUCAAUUGGAGAAGCGGGCAAUGACUCUCUGCAUUGCGAUCCCGUUCGCUAUCAUCGUGCUCGGCCGUACCUUUGGUGGAUCAUUGCUGGGUCUUAUUCCGUUGGCUGCAUGCAUUGCCAGCGGUGUCUGGCUCUGGGUGCAGCAGGUCAUCAAGAGUGGUAAAGAGAUGGAGUGGAGCAGUGAGCAGCUACGUGGACAGACGGCUACUGCAAACCUGCUUCCCGAAUCUGUCGAAUGGAUGAACAGCUUCCUUGCCGUGGUCUGGGGUCUUGUCAACCCCGACAUGCUCGUCCCAAUGGCCGAUACGAUCGAGGACAUCAUGCAAGCAUCCGCACCUAGUGUAGUGGAGAACGUUCGCAUCGCCGAGAUCGACCAAGGAAACAACCCCUUCCGUAUUCUGAGCAUGCGAGCUCUACCCGAUGAGCAUGUUACAGACCUGAAAGAAAACAUCCACAAGGAGAACGUCGAGAACAAGGACCCCCAGGAAGCUGCCGCCGCGGAAGAGGGAGGUAGCUACUACAACAUGGAAGCUUCAUUUGCCUACCAUGCCAAACCAAGUGGGUCGACUGCGUCCUCCAAGGCCAGCAACAUGCACAUGCAGAUCGUGUUCUACCUGGGUAUUCGUGGUCUUUUCGGAGUACCGUUCCCGGUCUUUGUUGAGCUCACUGAGCUGGUGGGCACAGUCCGACUUCGUCUGCAGAUGACCCCCGAGCCUCCAUUCGCGAAGGAGCUUACUUUCAGUCUGGUCGGCAUCCCGCACGUCAAGGCAGGAUGUGUACCUAUGCUCCGUCGAGGAGUUAAUGUCCUCAACCUGCCUUUGAUCUCGAACUUCGUUAACUACGCUAUCGGUACUGCUUGUGCUAUGUUUGCUGCGCCAAAGUCGAUGACCAUGGACCUUAGCAUGAUGCUCAAGGGCGACGAUAUUCACAAGGAUACUCUCGCUAUAGGCGUUAUGUGGGUUCGUAUCCACCGUGCCGUUGGCCUGAGUAAACAGGAUCGUCGUGGCAGCGAGGGCGGCGGCAGUGACCCGUACAUCAACCUCUCUUUCUCCAAGUACGGCAAGCCCAUGUACUGCACUCGAGUGAUCACGGAUGACCUGAACCCGAUUUGGGAAGAAACUGCUGCGCUCCUUGUGUCACCUGAGCUUAUCAAGGCAAACGAAAACCUCAGUGUCGAGCUCUGGGACUCGGACCGCAACACGGCAGACGAUAUCGUCGGCAAGGUGGAACUGCCUAUCCGGGAAAUGCUCCAGCAUCCUAGCCGAAUGUACCCGCAAGUCUCCAGGCUGCAAGGUCUUAACGAAGGCAGUGAAAUGCCCGGCCAAUUGCAUUGGGAGGUUGGAUAUUUCGGAAAGCCGAAGUUACGACGCGAGCUGCGCACCGAUGGCAAGAAGAAGGAUCUCCCUGAGAAUCUGAAGGGUGACCCCACCUUUGAAGAUGAGAAGGGAACUAUUAACAACGAGGAAGAGGAUGCUGUCAUGCAUACUCCACCCGAUCCUAUCUGGCCGAGUGGUAUCAUACAUAUCGUCGUGCACCAGAUUGUAAACCUGCAGCUCCAGAAUAUCAAGGGUAGCGAUGGAAACCGCAAGGGCAAGGAGUAUGAGCCUGCGAAGCCAUUUGGUGAAAACACCGAGGAGCAAGGUGGUGAUCUUCCUACUAGUUACUGUAAGAUUUUGCUGAAUGAUCAGCUGAUCUACCGUACCCGCCCCAAAGCCGUGAGCUCCAAGCCCAUCUUCAACGCCGGAACGGAGCGCUUUGUCCGCGACUGGCGAUCCGCCGUCGUGACAGUCACAGUGCGCGACCAGCGCUACCGCGAACACGACCCCGUCCUCGGCGUCGUCCCCAUCAAGCUGUCAGAUAUCUUCCAGACGAGCUCCCAGGUAACCCGCUGGUACCCGCUGGACGGCGGAAUCGGAUUCGGCCGCAUCCGCAUCUCGCUGCUAUUCCGGCACGUUGAGACCAAACUCCCGCCUACCAUGCUGGGUUGGGACGUCGGCACCUUUGAGUUCCUCGCCAGCAAGGUCGUUGCGAAGAAUUACGGCCGCCAGGCGAAGAUUAAGCUGCGCACUGGUGGGAGUAUCGGCAAGAUCACCCGACAUAUGUGCAAGCUGGAAGGCAGUGAUACGGUCUACGAUGUUUCUGACGAGACGUAUCGGGACUCACUGCGGAUGCCUGUCAAGCAUCGGUAUCGAUCGCCUGUUGUCUUCGAGUUCCAUAACCAGGGCAAACGCAACGCGGCUGCUUAUGCGGUAUUGUGGCUGCAGCAUCUCGUCGACAACGAGGAUACGGAUAUCGACAUCCCCAUCUGGACCACCAAGGCCGGUCCACGCCUGACGCAAAACUACGUUACAGAAAAGAACUGGAAAGCCAAGGAGGUUCCGGGACUCGAAGAUCUGACCGAGGUCGGCAGACUGCAGUUCCGCUGCAAGUUCUCACCUGGCAUCGACGAGUCGCACGAGCAAUUCGUCGUCGACAACGACUCCCGCGAGACCUUCGAAACAUGGGAAGCAUGCAUGUCACAAGGCGUUCGCUCGCGCACCGUCGAGAAGGAAGUCCCGGAAGAAGUACAGCAGAAACACGAGCUGUCGCUCAUUGACAGCCGGGAUGUUCUCAAACAAGCUGAUCCCGCCGAGCGUCGGCGCUGGAUCGAUCGCGAGGGGCACGAUUGGAGCGGUGCAUUCGGCCAUGACCCGCGCGCUUAUACGGAUUCCGACGGGCAGAAGGUCGCGGAGCCCGGUCGUGAUGCACCUGCCCAUGACCCCGUCACGCCGCCGCCGCUGGAGGGCCAGCCUGCUCAUGCCUCGCGGCCGCAAAAUGGGGAGCAGGCUGUGCCGGAGGAGGACAACCAAAAUGAGUCUAGUGACUCGGAGGUAGAAAGCGAAGCGCGCACCUCGUCUUCCUACGGUCCCUCGACCAUCAGCCCAACGGCGGAGGCGUCUUCGUCCCGGUCCAAUGUCAAACAGACGAAGGAGUCCAACAAGCGGAGUGACCAGCGCCAGCAGCGGGGCUUGAUGCAGUGGCGUCCGGCGCGAAAUGCGGUCUUUGCGAGGGACGAGGUGAAGUUCGGGUUGAGUAAGAUGAAGAAGAAGCUUGGGGUUGGUGGAUUGACUGGGCGCGAGCCUGAUGUCGAGACGGAGACUUGA